AGGAGGCCGCCGAGACGGUGCGGCAGCCCGUUGAGGCCGAGGCCCACGCGCGCGCCGCCGCGCUCCUGGAGCUGCAGGCCGCCAUGUCGAAGGAGCUGCAGGCCGCUCUGGAGCGGGCCCAGGAGCGCCACGAGCAGGAGCUGCGGGCCGGUCUUGCGCAGGCGUUCUCCGCCCAGUCCUCGCCGAUCAUGGGCGCGUGCAAGCAGCAGCUCCAGGACCAGCGCGGCGGGGGGGGGGGGUCCAGUCGAGCCCGGCACUGCGCGGGUCCAGGGACCCACAGUCGGUCGACGCUCAGUCCAGUUGGAGUAAGGCCAGUCGGAGCCC